AAGGCAGCAGGGGCGCAGGGAACCGGGGUGCAGGGAACCGGGGCGGGUGGGAGCUCCGCGGCCGCCUCAAGGUCCGGCGCCUCUGCCCCUUGCACCUGCCGCCCGGUCCCCGCCCGGUGCCCCCCGCAGCUGCUAUGCCCGGCGCCCAGGGCCCGGAGCCAUGAAGGAGAAGUCCAAGAACGCGGCCAAAACGCGGCGGGAGAAGGAGAACGGCGAGUUCUACGAACUGGCCAAGCUGCUCCCGCUGCCCGCCGCCAUCACCGCGCAGCUCGACAAGGCGUCUAUCAUCCGCCUGACCACCAGCUACCUCAAGAUGCGCGCUGUCUUCCCGCAAGGCCUAGGGGAUGCGUGGGGACAGCCAAGCCGACCAGGGCCCCUGGACAGUGUGGCCAAGGAGCUGGGAUCACACUUGCUGCAGACUUUGGAUGGCUUUGUUUUCGUGGUGGCUUCUGAUGGCAAAAUCAUGUACAUAUCGGAGACAGCCUCCGUCCACUUAGGAUUGUCCCAGGUGGAGCUCACAGGUAACAGCAUCUACGAGUACAUCCACCCCUCGGACCACGACGAGAUGACGGCCGUCCUCGCCGCCCACCAGCCACUGCAUCACCACCUGCUGCAAGAGUACGAGAUCGAGCGCUCCUUCUUUCUGCGCAUGAAGUGUGUGCUGGCCAAGAGGAACGCGGGCCUGACAUGUAGCGGAUACAAGGUCAUCCACUGCAGUGGCUACCUCAAGAUCCGCCAGUACGUGCUGGACGUAGCGCUCUACGACACCUGCUACCAGAUCGUGGGCCUGGUGGCCGUGGGCCAGUCCCUGCCGCCCAGCGCCAUCACGGAGAUCAAGCUGCAUCGUAACAUGUUCAUGUUCCGGGCCAGCCUGGACCUCAAGCUCAUCUUCCUCGACUCCAGGGUGACCGAGCUGACCGGGUAUGAGCCCCAGGACCUGAUCGAGAAGACCCUGUACCACCACGUACACGGCUGUGACGUGUUCCACCUUCGCUACGCCCACCACCUCCUGCUGGUCAAGGGUCAGGUGACCACCAAGUACUACCGGCUGCUGUCCAAGCUGGGCGGCUGGGUGUGGCUGCAGAGCUCCGCCACCGUGGUGCACAACAGCCGUUCCUCCAGGCCACACUGCAUCGUGAGUGUCAAUUAUGUCCUCACGGACGUGGAGUACAAGGAGCUUCACCUGUCGCUGGACCAGGUGUCCACGGCCGAGAGCCAGCAUGCCUGGAGGCCCACCCUGCCCGCCGCCCAGGACAGCAGGAAGCUGGCCAAGCCCAGGCACCCGAAGGCAAAGGUGAAGGCGAGGAGCAGUCCUUACCCGGUGCAGCCUUACAGCUCAUUCCAAGUGGACAAAGUGGACUGUGGCCAGCUGGGGAGUUGGAGGGCCAGCCCCCCGGUGCCCCCGGAGCCACAGCUGCACACGGAGGGCGGGGAGCUGGUCUAUACCCCCCACUACGGCCUGCCCUUCCCCUAUCCCUAUGGCCACCUCCCCCUGGAUGCUCAUGUCUUCAGUGGCAAGAAGCCGGGGCCACCAGGCAAGCUGGCCCAGCCGCCAGGGGGGCCCUGUGAGGUGGCACGCCUCUUCCAAUGGCACUACCCUGGGCCCCUGGUGCCCGGCAGCCAGGCCCCACCCAAAGGCCUCUCAGAGAUGCCUGGGGGCCCCACUCGGCACAGCCUGGCACCCAGCUACGAAGCGCCCCCCAACGCGCGCAGGUUCUCGGAGGACCCCGCGCCCCCCAGCUUCCCGAGCUGCGGCCACUACCGCGAGGACAGGGCCGGCCGCCCCGCCCGAGACGCCCGCGGGCCCCCCGACUGCUGCGCGCCCCCCGGCCCCGAGCCCCCCGGCGGCCCGCAGCUGCCCUUCGUGCUGCUUAACUACCACCGCGUGCUGGCGCGCCGCGGGCAGCUGGGGGGCGCUGCACCUCCCAACCCCGGCAUGGCCCCCGCCGAACCUGCCCCUCCGCGCCCCCGGCCCCCGGGGCCCCCAGCGCCGCCCGCAGCGCCCCUGCCGCACUACCUGGGCGCCUCGGUCAUCAUCACCAACGGAAGGUGACCGGCGAGUGGCAACCCCCCAAACCGGCUCCGGGCUGACCUGGCCAUGGACUGG